GAAAGCUGACCUUCUAAUCAGCCCUGACCUCCAGAAUGUAAACUGAAUUGAAAGGUCAUAAAUCAGGUUUGGGUUUAUCUGAAGUGAAUAUUUGUUCCAAGGGUCAGCCAGGAAUGACGUGAAUGCUGUUUUCAUUAAAUGUGUUGUAAAUAAAACUAACUUGUUGCAUGUGGACACAGUAUUGAAUUAACAGCCGAAACUGGUUUGCGCUGGACACACGUCUUGGAGAAGUAUAAGGGAAAGAUCUUCCACAAUGUUCCGUUGGGCAGCUAGUAAGGCUUGGUCAGUCCAUGUGGAAAAGGCUAGUAAGAAGAUCCCCAGAAUGGAUCACCGUGCUUUGUCCAGUGAGCAGCAGUCAGAAGAAAUGGCCCCAAUCAUAGCGGCAGAGGCUCCACAUGUUGAGCCACCUUCUCAGGUUCCAGAAAGUGCCGAUGUAGUCAUUAUGGGUGGAGGAACUGCAGGAUGCCAUACAUUGUACCAAUUAGUAAAACGAGGAGUUAAAGCAGUGCUCUUGGAGCGUGGAAAAAUUUCUUCUGGUACAACUUGGCAAUCGGCUGGUAUUGUUUGGAGGUUACGACCUGAUGAUGUUUUAACUCAGCUUCUGAACUCAACACGAGACUUGCUGAUGCAACUUGAAGCAGAGACAGGCAUUGAUCCGGGCUGGGUCAACAACGGUGGCCUCUUCAUAGCCAGCACCAAGGAGAGGCUAGAUGAGUAUCGACGCUUGGUUACCAUGGGUGUUAGUUUUGGCAUUGAAUCAUCUAUAUUGGAUCCUGAAGAGACAAAGCAGGUCUUUCCAUUGAUUGAUGCAGAUGUUAUCCAAGGCAGUUUGUACUCGCCAGGUGAUGGUGUUGUAGACCCAUGUAAACUUUCUACAGCACUCACACAGUCUGCUAUCAAGGGUGGAGGACAGGUGUUAGAGCAUUGUCCAGUUACCAGCAUUUUAACAGGAAAGAACGGCUUUGGAUCACGGCAGAUCACAGGAGUCGUAACUCCACUUGGUUCCAUAAAGACCAAUUGUGUUGUCAAUUGUUGUGGGGUGUGGGCACGUGAAAUGGCUGCUAUGGUUGGGCUUCAUCUCCCAUUGGUUCCUAUGAAACAUGCUUAUGUCGUAACUGAGAAUAUCCCUGAAGUUCAAGGGCUUCCAAACAUACGAGAUCAUGAUGCUUCCAUCUAUUUCCGUGUCCAGGAGCAAUCGCUUUGCAUGGGCGGUUAUGAAACAAAUCCAAUUCUGUUGGAGAAGGUUCCACAUGACUUUCAGUUCAGUCUGUACGAGUUGGACUGGAUAGUGUUCAGCAGGCAUAUGCGUGGAGCCGUGAAUCUGAUCCCCGUGUUCGAAACUGCAGGCAUCAAGGGAACAGUGUGUGGCCCAGAAAGCUUCACACCAGACCACAAACCUCUUCUUGGUGAAGACCCCAGGUUGCAUGGCCUAUAUCACAGCUGUGGUUACAAUGCUGCUGGAACUAUGCUAGGAGGUGGAUGUGGCGAUCAACUGGCCCAGUGGAUUGUAAAUGGGCGUCCCGAUCUCCAUAUGUUUGAUUAUGAUAUAAGGCGCUUCACACCAGAACAAAGAAGAGAUGCUGCUUGGGUUUUUGCAAAAAGCCAUGAGAGUUAUGCAACAAAUUAUGACAUCGUCUUCCCUCAUGAUGAACACCUGGCAGGAAGGAACUUUCACCAAGGUCCCUUUCAUCAGGAACUGGUUGAUGCUGGCUGUGUGUUUGAAGAAAGACAAGGAUGGGAGAGGCCUGGCUGGUUCUCGCCCAAAGGACCAGCUCCUGUGCCACAGUAUGACUGGUAUGGUUCAUAUGGAACGCCACGCAACUCAGAUGUCCGUUAUGAAAAUAUGUUGAAAGCAGACCAUACGUUCGAUUUUUCAAAAAGUCACCAAGCGAUCGGUGAGGAAUGUCUGGCAUGUCGUGAGCAAGUUGCUCUUUUUGACAUGUCACACUUUGGAAAACUGUACAUGUGUGGACCUGAAGCCCAGAAGGCAGCAGACUGGCUGUUCACUGCCAAUACACGUGAUCCAAUUGGCAAGACAGUGUACACCUGUCUGCUGAAUUCUAAAGCUGGAGUUGAGGCAGACGUCACUGUCAGCGCUAUAGAAACUGGAACUGGAGGACUUGCAGAUCCCAUCUUCAAGGGUCGAGGUUUCUACAUUGUUACCAAUGGACUGUCCUCAUACCAUUCUUGGGCACACAUUCACAAUAUACUGAGUGAAAAGAAUUUCACAGUUGGCCUCACAGAUCUGUCAGAGAAGAUUGGAGUACUCUCUGUUCAAGGACCAUACAGCCGUGAUGUGCUUCAGCCAUUGAUGAAUGUAGGUUUAAAUGAUGAAGAAUUUCCAUAUUCUACAACUCAGCUGGUUAAAGUGGCAGGACACUUGUGCCGGGCAGUGCGAAUCAGUUCUGUUGGAGAACUUGGAUGGGAGCUUCAUAUCCCGUGGGACUCAUGUGUUCCAGUCUAUAAAGCUAUCUGGGAGCAUGGAAAGAAAUACGGUCUAAAGCAUGCGGGAUACAGGGCUUUGCAUUCUCUCAACAAUGAGAAAGGUUACCACUUAUGGAAUGCUGACUUGCGGACUGAUGACAAUCCAUUAGAAGCAGGAAUGGAUUUCAUUUGCCGAGAUGAGGGUGAUUAUGUCGGUAAGGAUGCUCUGGAUCUGAUCAAGCAAAAGGGAUUGAAGAAAAAACUGGCAUUCUUCCAACUUCGAGAACAAAUUCGAAUAUGGGGUCUGGAAGCCAUUUGGAGAGAUGACCAAGUAGUAGGGUACCUUCGGCGAGGAGAGUAUGGCUAUGGCUUGGGUGCUAGUAUAGGACAAGGUUAUGUGAAACAUCCAGAGGGUCGCCGAGUCACUUCAGAAUUCCUCCAGAACGGCCACUACCAGGUGGAGGUGAUGGGGAACCGUUACAAUGUCACUGUCCACUUCAAGAGCCCAUUUGAUCCAAAUGGGAAACGGCUAUUAGGAAUAUAUGACGAACAGUUACCAGUCAGACAGUGAAACCUCAUUGAUUUUACUGCUGACAAGAGCAGCUUUAUUCUUACAGCCCCAAGCCAUACCUCUCUUACUGAUAGAUCCACUAUUAAAACAACAGGUGGGCUGCUUCAUAGAAAGUGAGUAACACAAGGGACCACUGUGCCCAUCAUAUUUGGAAUAAAAUGUUAAAUACUUGUAAUUCUCUAGAGAUUUGUGACAGCGGUCUGUUUAUUUUACAUUUAUCAUAUUGGACAUAGGCCACAGUCUGGAGUAUAUUUGAAACUUUGCAUGCCAAAAGCUGAUUCAAUCAGCUCGGCAUACUCACAUGAAAACUGUUGUGACUGCAGCAGUGUCUCACAUGAUUUCUUUUAAAUUAUUUAAUGACUCUGGCAGUAGUGAGAUUAUACAGCAUUGAUUCAGCCAAGAGAGGUCACCAAACACUACAUACCAGUGUUUAGAAGACAAAAGAGGUUUCCCACUGUCUCCAUCUGUGCCUGUUCAAAGAUAAUCUCCAGGUGUAUUGUGGGUAUUCCUGUGGAAUGGUAUUCACCCCCAAACAGCCUAUAAUUUCUAUGGUGAAGCUUGACAGAUGGUUAAAAUACAUGGAGUUUCAGAAACUGUACAGGUUAGGUGUGGUGGGGAAGUGAAUGAGUUCUACUCAGGCCUGCUAAAAGGAAGCCAGUGUUUGAAAUUAAACUCCAUCUAACAAGCCAAACUAAGUAGGUUUCCUCCCCUUCACAUGCGGACAUGCACACACUUGGUGAUAAACAGAUCCACUUUCUGAAACUCUGUGUAUUUUAAAUAUAACCCAGGUGAUGGAAAAUGUCCAACAUAAUACGUGUUUGUGCAUUUCUUAAUAUAUGUAUUAGGCAUAUACAAGAAUGACUUUUGCAGUUCACGAUGAUAAUUUGAAAGAAAAGAAAAGAAUUUGAUAAUUGAUAUGAGAAUUCUUACUAGACUAGUUUCUCUUUAUUGCAGUCACAAAUUAUAACAAAAGCGACUUUUUCUCAUUACAUUAAGGUGUAGUACUUAAUCGCAUUUCAUAUCAGAGUUAUUUUCUGUGAAAAUUUAUCAUUAACUGUAUUAUAAAAAAAUUAAUUCUGGGACCUGUUUUUGUUCAUGUAGAAUUGUGAUGAACUGGCCAGAUUGUGUGAUUAACAUGCAAAGCAAAAGCAGUUAUCUGAAAAUUCUGGAAGUUCAAGACUUAAUUUAAUAGCAGUCCUUAUUGCCAUUGCACCAUUCAUAUAUUUAACUGAAAAAUACCAUCUAAUGCAACAAGUCAUUUAAUCAAUGAAUGGAUAUUGUAUUGUCUUUCAUGUUUCAGCUCUUAAACCAUCACACAGUACACACCUUCCACACUAUUCAGAACAAGUUUUACUACACAAAUAAAUGGAUACGUACAAAAAGAACACACAUAUAUCAAAACCAGCAUACAAUUACUUUUUCAGAUCACACAACCAAAGACCUUGUUCCACUAUGAUUUAGUAGCAAUGACAACUAUCAGAAAUUUUAAUAAUAAAUAAAUAUGUUAACAUACAAAAUUAUACUUUAAUAUGAAAACAGAUCACUUAUACAUGACCAAAUAAACCAACAUUUUAAAAAAUACAUCAGGAAGAACUUUACUUAAUCCUAAUUGUAUUUCAACUUAAUGUAAAUUAAAAUUAAUUUUAACCUCAUAUAUUUUAAGUUUGCAUAUGAACUACUGAGGCACUUUGCUACAAGCUGGAAGGGUGCGGGUUCGAUUCCUGAUGAGAUCACUGGAUUUUUCAAUUUACCUAAU